AGUAAUAAAUUAAAUUAUAAAAAACUUAAACCUUUUAAAAUUAUUAAAAAAGUUUUAUUAAUUAAUUUUAAAUUAAAACUUUUAAAUACGAUACAAUACUAUUUAGUUUUUUAUAUUUUAUUUUUAAAACUAGUAUUUAAAAGCUUAUAUAUUAAAGAUCGUAUUAUUAUCGAAUUUAAUAAAUUAAAAUACGAGGUUAAGCGAAUUAUCGACUACCGAAUUAAAAAAAAAUAA